CUCGUUUGGCAAUGGGACUCGAGUAAGACCGCGGCGGGGAAGCGAGCACUCCGGGCCAGGUGUGUGAGGUGUGAUGGCGUCGUGCCCUGAGGCCUGCAACUCAGGGUCUGGGUGUGGGACAGGGUCCUCAGGCAGUGAGGUAGGUUCUAGCUGUGCGUGUCCGCAGUUUGGGGUGCGUUCCUACCUGCACCACUUCUAUGAGGGGUGCAGCACUGCGUCAGGGUGGGAGAGAGACCCUGAGGGAGAGGGGGACAUCCAGACCUUGAGAUCGCCCCUGAGGUGGAGCUCAGGACUCUGGAAGGUCUCUCUGGCCCUUGGUCUCCUGAUGGUGACCUCUGGUCUGGUCAGUCUGUCCAUGGGCUACUCAGGCGCCACCAGGAUCGAAUCCUUCGGGGAGGGGGACCUCCUCUUCAUAGACACACAGGCUGUCAGCUUUAACAGGGGGCUGCACCACCGCGUCGUGGCCGGGAUCGGUCUCACCUGCCUGGGAUCGGGUCUGACCGUGGCAGGCCUCCUUCUCUGGUCCUUCUCCAGGAGCCGAUUGAAAGAGAGGCUAUAUCAGAGGGAGAGGGUGAAGAAGGGAGGGGUGGAGUGUGGAAGGAAGGGAAGGACAGAGGGGGGGGCACAGGGAGAGGCUGUUAUGAAGGCCCCUGGAGCAGGAGAGGGGAAGGGAAGGUGCCGGCCACCCUGUCCAAAGUGGAAACGGUCCAGCCAUCAGGAAGAGAGUCCCCAUAGGGUGACCGCUGGUUUUUAA